AAAAAUGAUGUCUUCGAAUGUAUUUAAAUUUUGUUAUUUUUGUGUUUUUCUUCAAUUUCUUUUAAAUUUAAUAAUAAUUCCCACAAUAAAAUGUCAACAACAACAACAACAAAAACUUAAACAAAAAUUUAUUUUAAUUAAUAAAAAUAAUUUUGAAACUUCUCCAGAUAAUAUUUUUCAACUUGGAAAAGAAUUAAAAUAUUCAACAGAAUGGAAACAAAAAAUGCAAAUGCUUUUAAGAAGAAAUUAUUUAAUUAAAAGUGCUAGAAAAAUGAAAAUUAGAGAAAAUACGGUGAGUGAAUAA